AUGAGGGAGACCCGCGACGGGUCGUUGCUGCUAGAGCUGGCGAAGGGGUCGAAAUCGGCCUCAGCAGCCAAAUCGAUUGCUGCUGCCAUCAGCGCUAAGCUCGGGGAUUCUGUUGGGAAAGUGUCCCAACUUGGCGUCCAGACUGAGGUAGAGAUCCUCGACUUGGACGCUGUUUCCACCGCAGGGGAAGUUUUGGAGGCACUGCGCUCUGCCAUCCCUGAUCAGGAUGACUCUGCAGCUCAGGCGGCGAGAGAGAGCAUUUGCGACGUCCGGAUCUGGCCGACACGCUCGGGCCAGCAGAUCGCUACAGCGAAAAUGUCGCGACACGCUGCAUCUCUUAUAACGAGAAUGGCGGUGGGAUGGACGAUGUGUCGGGUCCGCGCCAGGACGUUGCCUCCGGAGAGGUGCUACCGGUGCCAGGGCUUUGGUCACAACUCCAGAAGCUGCACGGAAACGGACAGGACCGGGGCGUGUUGGAAAUGUGGCCUCACCGACCACCUAAUGAAAGACUGCAAAGCGUCCGAAGACUGUUGUCUGCCCUGCGAGCUUGCGGGUCUCUCCAAGACCAGCCACAAGCCAGGUUCGGGUGCCUGCGCCGCCAGGAAGCGUGCUGCUGGAGCGAAAUCAAACACCAAUGAACAGCUCAUGUUCCAGACGGCCGUAGAAACGGAGGCCGAUAUCCUGGUAGUGAGCGAACCAUUUACCAAGUGCGGGCGCGAUGAUAAAUGGUGCUUCAGCACGGACCGUAAGGCCGCCGUGGCAUCUACACAAGGCUCUUCACUCUUCCGUAACAGUGUUCAGCUGUUACUGGAGGCCCGACAUCUCGACUACGCGAUCCGUGCGAACGACAGCGCUAAACUCGUUGUAGCGGGCGAUUUUAAUGCCUGGAACACUGAGUGGGGAUCCAGGACCAACAACCCCAGGGGACGCCUGCUGUCCGACCUCGCAGCCAGCCUGGGUUUGUUGCUGGCCAACAUUGGAACAGUCCCCACUUUUGUGAGGGGCACAGCUACGUCCGUUAUCGACGUAACUUGGCACAAAGGACUGAUCCUGUCCGACUGGAGGGUUCUUGAGUCGGACUCCUUGAGUGACCACAAAUACGUGUGUUUCGGUUCACACGUGGAGCAACAGCCACCUCAGCGUCAUGAACCCGCGACAGUGCACCGCGCCUGGUCGGUCAAGAGGAGGGAUCCCUUGAAAUUCGCCAGCUAUGUGGAGGCGCACCCUCUUAAUUUAAGCUGCGGCGACACCGUGGAACGCGCGAUGGCCUCAGCUCAGUCACUUGACGCGUAUCUAAUAGAGGCAUGCGACGCGUCAAUGCCGAAAAAAAGUCUAGGCCCCAGAGGUAGGCUACCCGUUCACUGGUGGUCUGUCGAAAUCAGCGAUUUAAGGAAAAAAGUGCUUGGUCUCCGCAGUAUAUACCAAGAUAGUCUACGUCGUGUGGGGUUGCAGGGCUCGGAGGCCGCGAGAUCCAACUUCUCCCUUGCCAGGAAAGAUCUCCGACUGUCCAUAAGACUCGCCAAGGACAAGAGCUGGCGGGAUCUCUGCGAUCAAGUAGAAACCGAUUCCUGGGGCAAACCGUAUCGCAUUAUUAUGAAGAAGAAUGCUAAGAGUCACACAAGAGACGCCGCGAAAGGUAAAGAAGAUACCAUUGCUGACCACCUGUUCCCAAUGGCCCCCCCCGACGAACUGGGAUCUAGCUCCAGACCCAGAAGUUAG